GACAGUUGGCUGGCUGGGUGGGGGAGCCUUUAAAUACCGGUGCUGCCCAGUAAAUACGAGCGGGACUUCAUUCCAGACAGAAACAGGUUGGACGUUUAGCUAAAGCUGCUGAGUUUAGAGACAGGGAAAUGCAGACUGCCUUGAAACAAAACUAUCAUGCUGAGACUGAAGGAGACAUCAACAAGCUCAUCAACCUGAAGCUCAACGCCUCCUACACCUUCCUUUCCUUGGGAAUGUACUUCGACAGGGAUGAUGUUGCUCUGCCGCACUUCUCCAGUUUUUUCCUGGAGCGCUCCUUGAAGGAGAGGGACCAGGCUGAGAAGCUGCUGGAAUACCAGAACACCAGAGGGGGCCGCAUUUUGCUCCAGACUGUCGCCAAGCCAUCAAGGGAGGACUGGAAAGGUGGUCUGGAUGCGUUGACUUUUUCCCUGGAGUACCAGAAGUCCCUGAACACGCGUAUCCUGGAUGUUCACCGCAGGGCUGAUGGCCACAAUGACCCACAUCUGUGUGACUACCUUGAGCAGGAAUUUCUCAUCGACAGCCACGACACCAUCAAAAAGCUGGGCAACUACAUCGGCAGUCUGACCCGCCUGACUUCAUCUGAACCUCAUGGAUCCAUGGGAGAAUACCUGUUUGAUAGACACACUCUUUAAAUAAAUAAAUACCAUUAAACAACUCCAGCCAUAUAUAGUUGACACUUCCAAAGAUGAACAGAGGUCAAAGCUGCACCUGUUUCCGUUAAGAAAAUUUGACAAGUUUUGCACAUUUAACCCUAAGCUCCUUUUUCGUGUUUGUACUUAAAGUAAAAUGGGUCAAGUUAACUGGAAUUACCUCAACUUUUCUAAGUAAACGAACUUUAGACCUAAAAUUAAUGUUUUGCUCGUUUACAUUGGGUCUGUAUCAUGUCUUGCAUUCCAGCGUCCUGUUUCAGCCGAGGCAAAUGCUGUUGAGCUAAAUCCCUUUUAGUAUCUGGAAACUUAUUAGAAUGUUUAAUAAAGUCAAAGUAUGCCUAA